CGGGAGAAGGAGGGCGGGCAGGGAAGAGCAGAACACUCCUGCUGGAAAUCGCUGGAGCAUGCAGCUCAGGUCGCAGGAAGACGGAAAAAUGAGCUCGGCACAAUGUCUGCACUGGUUGCUAUUUUCAAUCAGCUUGCUUUUGUACAUUUCCUUAAGUGCCUCUUCCACAACCGUUCCAAGUCCGUCGGUCCAUAACAGUGACCAAAAAUAUGCUGGCGCAGCAGGGAACAGCAAUGCCAUCACAGAAAGCUUGGCUCAGGGUAGCACUGUCACCAGCUCAAUACAGCCCGAUACCAUCACUACAGAGUCUCCAAGCUUUUCCCAGAACAGCAUCUUCACCACGAUUAUUUCUCCAAGCUCCACCCAGGAUAACUCCACUGACAUAGCAACAACAAACUCUACUGACAUGGCGACAACAAACUCUACUGACAUGCCGACAACAAACUCUACUGACAUGCCGACAACAAACUCUACUGACAUGCCGACAACAAACUCUACCGACAUGGCGACAACACCACUGCCAGUGACAACAGAUGUGACCCCAACCAUUAAGCUGACUACAACAGAGAAUUCCCCAACAAGUCCGACCCAGUUUACCCCGUUCAUCUCCUCAACAUCGGUACCACCCAGCCAAAGCGCCCAGACCACUGUCACGCACAUGAGCACAUCAGGCCCAACAGAGACCGUAAACACCACUUCAAGUUUCAAAGAACCGCCGCUGGGACUCAGCCGUUCCGAAGCAGCCUUAACCAUUUUCUGUGGCUUGAUGCUCGGGCUGACCGUCCUCGCCAUAACCGGGUACAGCCUUCACCGAUGCAAGCAGAAGAGCUCACAGUACAUACACCAGCCUCUCUACAACAGCUCUGAGGACACAGGGGACAGGUCCGUACCGGAUGACACCUUGGUGAUAUCGGGGGGACUCUACGAUGGACCUGAGAUUUUUAACUCCUCGCUGGCCGCGGACGAAGACAUGGGAUUCCACUCGGACCCCCCGCCGUUCGCCCCCCAGCCCGCCCAGUUCAGGCUGGAGUUCCUGUCCGAGGCCCAGCCCAAGCCCCCGCCCAAGCCCCCAGGCUCCGGAGGCUCCAGCCUCCAGACCUUCCAGCCCUUCGAUGCCAAUGACUAAACUGCAAUGAUGUACGCAUGGCUGCGCACACCAUCGCUUCAUCUAGAGACAUUGCUUAAGAUUCAGUCAAAUCGUCGUAACAUUUCUAAGCCAUUGCACUCUUCGAUCGCUUGGCAGUUGUAUGAUUACAGCAUUAUAAAUGAUGAUAUCCCUCAUCUAAAAUUGAAAUGCUAAUCUUGUAGGACCAAGUCUAGACAAUCAUUUUUCACAUUAGCUUUUUAGGUUUUUGUAUUUAUCAUGACUGGAUGUUGACCUUUGGACAGUCAAAUAUCCCUUGGUGGAACAAAAUGCUUUAUUAAUGCUACAAGAACUGCAUCUGGGUGCCCACUGCUUUACUGAGUAUUAUGUAUUAUUAGUAUUAUUUCCAGCUACAAAGAAAUGCAUAAGGGAAAUGGGUUUCAUAAUCAUGUUUCAGAAAUAGAUGGCUAAAUAUGCCAUAGUCGAGGAAGGAAGCUAACUGCAUAUGCUUCCCCAUUUAACCAUCACCAAACAGAUAACCACCAGUAGUCUUCCCUCCAAGCUUAAAUCGAAUUGCUGAAUAUUAGUAAUGGAGGCAGGUCACCCAAUAAAACCGCCUCCAUACAGUUCCUGCUACAAUGUCUGUGCUACAGUUACAAAGCAUAGCAAAUAUAUCUAACCCUUUUGCCAAAGUUCUACCUUAAAAAUAAACAGAAAGAUAUAAUUUGUGGGAGAAAACAUCAGCGUUUUCACUGAUGAACACAGUAUGAAACCCAGAAAAAACACUCAAACUUGCAGUUUAAAUAGAACGGAACCCAGAUGCUGAGUAUUUGUUUUUAACAAAGAAAAUGGCAAUUAUAUACAUAGUAUCUCCUGGGGUUUUGUUCAUUGUUAAUUCUGAAUAGUUCUUAACAGUAAUCACACCCUGGCAACAGUACUAUAAUGCUGCACCACCAUUGUGAGAUUUAUAUAAAUGAUUCAAAUACUCGAACAAGAAAAGGAUCUCUGCACAGGAAACAGGAUACUUGUCUUUCAAGUUUGCUGUACCCACAGAUGCUUCCUAGAUCAGUUUUCUUGUCAAGGGCAAAAGUCUAAACCUUCUCAUGGUAUCUACUUUCAUUGUCAGAAUUAGUUACGUUGUCUAUUAGUUUAUUUACUGUAACAGGGACCUUGAACAACAUUGUAGUUAGCCAAGUAGCAUAACAAUUGGGCAAAACCAAUGACACUCCAUGCUACCAUGUGAACAGAAGUAAACGCUUUGCCAACUCAA